UGUUAAAGACUGCAUUUAUUCCUGUCAAAUUAAGUUUGCUAGGCAGCUAACCAGCUGAAUCCGCUAGCUUGCUAACGUUGGUCGUAAUUUUAGCAAGCUUGCUAACUAGCUACCAAAUAUUAUACAGAACUAACCCUGUGGGUGUCUACGUUAUGUAAACUAGUUAAAUAUCAGGACCCGAUAACUUUACCAUAACGCUAGACUAGAAGAGUGACAAUUUACAAGAUUCUGCGUUAGUAGCUAGCUGAGUCGACAUUAGCUACAGUAACUAACAGUAAUAUUUGUUAUGAUGGAUUGGUGACCAAAACAACAGCUAUACCUGCUGUACCAAAACAUCUUACUUAGCUAUAUCCAACUGUUCAUUACUGACAGCUACACACGUGCCUGUAAAAUUGUUCAUUUUUAUAAUAAUCUAUUUCUGUUUUCAAAGUUGGCCUUCGAGAACUCAAUUUAUCGUCCUUGUUUAUGUCUGCUCAUCUACCAUCGAGGCUUUUGUUCAACUCUUCCACCUCAAAUAAACCAGGAGCAUCAUCCCUGUCCCAUGAGUAGCGAGCUGGGCUUUCUGCCUGCCAUGUACUCAUUCCCUGGCUUAAUCAAUGUCCCUGAAAUGGGGAUCAAUAUUGGCCCUGCAAAUACCCGUCAACACCUGCCGGGAGUGUCGCCCCCAAGCACGAGUUGGGAGAGAAGAUGCCUGAGAAAGCACAGGAGGAGAACAGAUGACGAAGGAUGCAGUGCCAAAAAGAGGAGGCUGAUGGGAGAUGCAGGAUGUGAUCCUUUGGAUGACCUCAGCCAUAAUGUGUGUCAGAUCUGGCCACCAGGCAACAACGGCCACCCUCUACCUGAAUCAGCCAGCCAAGCACCUCCCCAGCACUGCCUGGAGACUAAGAACCUGGGGCUGCCCAUAUCCGGGUCUCCCUCCCGUCUGGUCCGUCCAGAAGCAGAAGGCUCCUGCAUCGAGGUGGAGUCUGCUCAUCGAAGACUGCAGGAGAUUGAGGAAAGGAUCAGUCUGGAGGAUGAUGAUGAUGACCUGGAUGUGGAGCCAGCACCCAGGCGGCCAGUGCUGGUGAUGUCUGACAGUCUGAGGGAGGGGCUUCAGCGUGGCAUCAGUGACAUUCUCCCCCACACUGUGGCCCAGUCUGUGAGCCACUCCUGUAUGGAGCUGGUAGUAUGGCGCCUCCCAGAGGAUGCGCUGGCUCGAAAGCUGAAAGACUCCCUGCAGAGGAAGCAGCAGACUGCCAGCAGGCAACCCCCGAUCCACAGUGCCCUUACCCCUCAGAUUCCCCUCACCCCCACAAACCCCCCAGGGGAGACAUACUCCCCUCUGUACUGCAGCCCAGGGGCCGGGGCCCACAGCUCUGGAGAGGAGGACAUGGAGCUGUAGGGCUUUUGAGACCCAGCAUCAGGAAUGCCCAGAGUAGCUACAGGUCUCAGCCUUGGUUCACUUGGUUGGACCCUCAGAGAAGCCAUGGAGACAGAAAAAACUGCAUAGACAGAUCCAAAAGCUUCACAGUGAUAUGAACGUCUGCUUUGGAUCAAGAUCAGGCUAUUGGGCAGCAUGGCACAUGUAUACCACUUGGCCAAAAGAGGGCAAGUAUCCACUUUCUUUGUGUUAGUCAGAUAAUACUGGAUUUAAAGAGCAACUGCCUCUAAAAAAACUUCUCAUUUAGAAAACAGCCCUAUGUGUCAUAAAUAUGAGUCACAAACAUUUAUUCUACUGUCAAAAUUGACUACAAAGUGUAAAUAUACUCAGUCUCGUCCAAAAUAGACUUGUGGUUGUGACUGCAUCACAACAUAAAUGAA